AUGCAGGAUGGCUCAUCAGGUGCUGCAAGUCUUGGAAACAGUUCCCCAGAUGCAACAGAUUGUGUAGUAUGUGGAGAUAAAUCAAGUGGAAAACAUUAUGGACAGUUCAGUUGUGAAGGAUGCAAAAGUUUCUUCAAAAGAUCAAUUCGACGUUCAUUAUCUUACACGUGUCGUGCUACGAAGAACUGUGCCAUUGACGUGCAACACCGAAAUCAAUGCCAAUAUUGUCGAUUGACAAAAUGCAUUCGAAUGGGAAUGAGAAAAGAAGGAAGAAGAUCCAAUGAGACUCAGACCGCAGUUUCAGCAGUUCAACGAGGUCGUCUACCUGUUACAAUGCCAAGUUUGUUCCCUCCAAAUAUGUUUUUGCGAUCUCCAUUUCCAUUUAUGUCUGUACCAUUCAAUCCACUCAUGACUGCUCAAUUCACAAAACCAUCGAUUAAAGAAUCAAUAUUUGAAUUUGCGGCUCAAACAAUCUUUGCAACUGUCAACUGGGCUCGUACAAGUAUGAGUAACCUUGUGAAAGGGGAUCAAUUGAUUCUGCUCCGUCACAGCUGGACGCCCAUUUUCAUUUUUGCACUGGCUCAAUCGAAUUUCGCACUCAAUCUUUCAACCCAUUUAACUGCAGUUACGGCAACGGCGGCGUCAACAGAAAAUGGAUCUUCUUCGUUGGGUUCAAAGUCAGAAGAUGAGGAAAAGAGUGAAGAAAAACCGGAAAGAGUAUUUGAUGAGCCACAGUUUCAGGGAUUUCAGGCGAAAAUUGAUAAGAUCCGUGACUUUCAUUUGGAUGUCGUUGAAAGCUCGUCUCUUCGAGCGGUUCUUCUUUUUAGUUGCGAUGAAGAAGCAUUGGAGGAGAAGGGAAAAAUUGAAGAAAUUGUUGAGAAAUUGAAAAGUGCAGUGGAUGAAUAUUGCAAAAUGAAUAAACGUAGUGAGAGAUAUCAUCAAAUCUGUGAAUGUCUUCAACUUCUCAAAUCAACUCGAAAUCUUCCAAUUUCUCGUCUUUUCUUUUCUCGACUUCUUGGUACAACUCCUCUUGAAACAAUUUUAUCAGAUCUUUUAAUUACUCCACCUCCACCAACAUUACCAUUCUUUCCCCAACUACCUUCCAGAAAUUAGAAUAACUAAAAAGUAGAAAAAUGUAAUUUUCCCUCUAAACAUUUCGAGCGAUCUGUGACCGAACACAUCCCGAUGAGAAUUUCAAGCGUUCUAGUCAUUUCUAUAGAAAUUUUCUUGUAGCCAUAAAGAGUUACCAUUUUCAAAGCAAUUUUUGACAAAAGGAUUUUCAGCAUCGUUUUCAUAAUUGAGACUUAAAAAAUUCAAAGGAAGGAUUUUAGUUUCCCCACUUUGAAAUAUAUGCGUGAUUUGAACUGAAAGUAUUUCAGUGCGCAUUUCGUGGAUUACGAGGCUCGUAGAUUUGCUCCAAGGACAUUUUUGUAGACAUUACCAACCCCCUAGACACUUUGAAAUUAUUGAAAGUCUGCAAGAAAAUGUAUUUUAGAGCAAUUCUAAAAGUUUCGAUUGUAGUGAAAAAAAUGCACGGCGAAAGUUUCAGAUCGAAAUGGAAGAGAAUUGUGUUAUGAAAACCUUUUGUCGAAAAUUAGUGGAAAUGUGAUUCUUUCAAACUUUAUCAUUUUAUUCUCUGACUAUAAAACAUAAUAAUUUCAAUCAAUAAUUUCAGUGUAUAUUUAUAAUUUUUCUUAUUAAUUUGUGAAUAAACCUUUUGUC